GGCUGGGCUGGGCUGAAGAACAAUGACACUCGGAGAAAGAAGAUUCAGCCCCAGCAGGACCUGGGCAAAAGGGAGGGAGCUGGGAGGGCCUGACCAGAGGCCUGGGGUGCCGGAGCCGGACCCAGAGGUAAAGAGGGCUCCCCAGUCCCUGGGGUGGGGCAGUUGGAGCAAGGGAGUUUGGGUUUCUCUGACGCUGGAAGGAGCUGACCCCAGGGAUCCUGAUUCCUGGAGAGGGGGAUGAAUGGGGGAAUGGGAACAAACUGGAAGGAAUUGAGCUGAGAGUGGAAAGAGCGGGUGUUGGAAUGGGAUUGGAGCAAUGAUUCCAGGUUCAGGAAUAGGGGUCAGUUUAGGGUCUGGGACUAAGAGGCCAUUACUGGGUUGGUGGGAACUAUGAAGGCUCAUCCUGCCCUCCAAAAGCCUCUGUGGCUCCUUUGCAGCUCCCACCGCGGCCAUCCCUACCCUGAGCUGGGUCAUGCGCUGCCCCAAGUGCCUUCUCUGCCUGUCAGCACUGCUCACGCUCCUGGGCCUCAAAGUGUACAUCGAGUGGACAUCAGAGUCUCGGCUGAGCAAGGUCUAUCUGGGACCCCAGGGCACCCUGCCAGGCCCCACACCAGCCAGUCCUGAGCCCACCCUGCCAGCUAACCUCUCGGCCCGUCUGGGCCAAACUGGCCCACUGCCGUUGGCUUACUGGAACCAGCAGCAGUGGCGGCUGGGGGCCCUGCCCAGUGGGAACGGCACGGAGUGGGGAGACUGCCGGGCUUGGGGGGCUGCCGCAGCUGCUGAAAUCCCCGAUUUCACCUCCUACCCUGUGGACCUCCGCCGCUUCUUGCUGUCAGCAGCCUGCAGGAGCUUCCCUCAGUGGCUGCCUGGAGGGGGCCGUGGCCAAGUGCCCAGCUGUGGGGAAACCAAUAUCCCCCACCUGCUGCUGGCUGUCAAGUCGGAACCAGGGAGAUUUGCUGAACGACAGGCCGUGAGGGAGACCUGGGGUGGUCCCGCUCCUGGAACCCGCCUGCUCUUCCUGCUGGGGUCCCCGGUAGGUGAGGGGGGUCCUGACCUAGGCCCUCUGGUGGCCUGGGAGAGCCACCGCUACAGUGACCUACUGCUCUGGGACUUCCUCGACGUUCCUUUCAAUGAGACACUCAAGGACCUGCUGCUGCUGUCCUGGCUUGGCCAUCACUGCGCUGGUGUGAGCUUCGUCCUGCAAACUCAGGAUGAUGCUUUUGUGCACACUCCUGCCCUGCUGGACUACCUGCAGGCGCUGCCUCCCAGCUGGGCCCGAGGCCUCUACCUGGGGGAGGUCUUUACGCAAGCCAAGCCCCUCCGGAAGCCUGGAGGAUCUUUCUACGUGCCGGUGUCCUUCUUUGAAGGUGACUACCCGGCCUAUGCCAGCGGGGGUGGCUACGUCAUCGCUGGGCGCCUGGCACCCUGGCUGUUGCAGGCAGCAGCCCGUGUGGCACCAUUCCCCUUCAACGAUGUCUACAUUGGCCUGUGCUUCCGUGCUCUUGGCCUAGCACCCAGGGCCCACAUAGGCUUCGUCACAGCCUGGCCAGCAGAACUUAGGCCUGACCCCUGCGCUCUCAGUGAACUGCUGCUGCUGCGACCCAUCAGACCCCAGGACAGCAUCUGGCUCUGGAAACACCUGCAGGACCCUCAGCUCCAAUGCUGACGCUCGGUGAGGAUGGGAAGGGAGGGCCAACCUGGCCUGGACCCAGGGCCUCAGUGCCUGCCCCUUGCUCAGCCUCUCUGUGAGGAGGCGGUCCUAGAAUCACCACUGUUUGAGCCCCUCUUGGGCUGGCCCAGGCUAUGGGACUGAGCAAAAGGAGGCAGAGGACUGUUUUUGUCUUCUUGUUUGAUUGUUUGUUUUAAUAUGAACAUCCCCCUCUGAGGCCUGGAGUGUUCUUUUGUGCCUAUGGGGUCCUGGGAACUUUGUAAGAGCAGAGCUCAACCACCCAUACCCUGCACACCCUGACCUUUACACUAGACACACUCCCCACCUCUACCGGACAGGGCCAGCUCCAGCAGCCUCCUGGCCACCUUGCUGGACACCAGGUUUGCCUCACUCCAUGGAACACCUCACCCCACCCUGUCUGCUGAAGCUGGCCCUCAACCUUGUGAAAGUUUCCAGGAAGUAGGUACCUCAAUGGCCUUCGCCUUAUCCAUCUAACUCAGUGGUUCCCAACGUAGGGGACAUGCCCCACAGGGGGGCAAUUUGAGAAUGAAUUAUUAACAGUAAAGUUUUUGCAUUUUUAUGGUUAUAGAAGCCUCAUAUACAGUAUAUAAGUAUUCUGUGACAUAUUUAUGCAUUUCAAUUCUCUAUUGUUUUGAAACUGCUAUUUUUUUCAUAUCAAUUCAUAUUAUUCUUUUUUAAAUAAUUUCUUAGUGAUUUCUUCCUCAGUCCUUCAACUAUCCUUUCAUUUUUUUACUUUUCUCUUUCAUGGAUGACAUAUUCUUUGGAAGCUUGUUUAGACCAAGUUAAGGCUUCUUCCACGUGAUUAGGAGUUCACUUUUUGAAUAAGAAUUGUGUGCCACAGGGGGCAUCACGAUUUCAGAGAUGCUUAGGUGGGGCAUGGCCAAAAAAGGUUGGGAACCACUGCUCGAACUGAAGGGGCAGGGUCCCAAACCAGUCAUGAAGGACUCUCCUCCCACCUCCAAAACACCAGGAAACAGAGACCAAAGGUGGCAGAGAACCAAAUGUAGAGAAAGUUUAUUCACUGCCUGCUAAUCACCUCUCACUGUGAGUAAGUUCCACAGGCUAACUUGCCAUGCUUGCCCUAGCCCAGAGGGGCUUCCAGUCCUGGAGGCAUCCCACCUAGCCCCUGGGAAAAGGCACUGCAACCACAAAGUGGGGGCUGAGAGAGCCCCC